AUGAACAAGGACAAAAUUAAGAAAACUCAGCUGCUCAGUGACUUAGGUAGAUUCAAAGGAAAAAAAAUAACAAUAACUUUUAUCGAUGGAAAGUCUGUGACAGGAAAGCUUACAUCAUUUGAUGAUGUUGGUAAUUGCGUAUUAAAGAAGUGCGGAGAGUGGGACUAUGGUAAUACUGUAGUAUGCUUGGGAAGGAGCAUAGUUCUUAUUUGUUUGAAUACUCCGUAUAUUUUAUGA